CGCGUUCAGUUUCGCCCUUCUCGCCCAGCGUGUCGCAUCGGUGGUGGUGUGUGCGUGUUAUUUUUUAUUCCCUACGUAGUGCGAAGCGCUGAACGCGUACACCGGAUCUGGCAAAUCGCCGGCUUGAGAGUGUUCGAGAGCUGGAAUUCAUUCGUGGCAGCACCAUUGUUUUGCCAUCGGCAGUAGAGCGAAGGUGGUGCGCGUCGCGUUUUUGGUGCCGUCGUCGAUUUAGCGGUGUGUUUUGUCGUCGACCGAUACGGGUUGGUUGUGUUUGGUUGUUUGUAAGUUGUUCACGGAAUUAAAGUGUGUGUUCGUGCAGCAAAAACGUGUCACCGUCGAGUGGUGAACAGCAGCGGGCCGGCCCAGCACGGCUUGUGUUUGAUUUGCGGCUUUAACCGCACGAUUACGUUGUGCGCGCGGAAUUGAUUGCGGGCCCGUCGGUGUCGGUUGGCAAAAAAGAAAACCAGUCUUCAAUCGAGCUAAUCGUUUGCACCGCUGGGUGUGAGACGGUGAGGAGUGGAGACGAGUAAAGAGGGGGGAAACUUUGUUAAGCAAAUACACCAAACAGGACAGGAGAACGAGCAGCCGAUGAAGAAAAACGAUCAAGCUGAAUAAACAAAAAACCUUCUCGAACGCUCCGGUUGGAACAACUGCGGCACAGUCCAAUGUAAAGGCAUAGACACAGAAAGAGAACGAGAGAAGACUGUCCGCGGCCAAAACUAAAGAUACAAACUGAACGCGGGGAAAGUAGCUGAGCGACAGGAAAGUCGUCUCUCUAUGGUUCCGUGCCGUAGGAAAGCGAUUGUGGUGGAAAUUUGAACAGUGAAGAAGGUUCAUCAUUACGUGUACGCGAGCGACCGUUUGACCGGACAAACUCUGUCGGUGAACACCGCGGGUGUACGUUUCGCUGUGCCGCCGCCCCCCAAUCUGUCCGUGAAAGGAGUUAACCACUCUCCCUCCCAGAGCGGAGAUUUCCAAUCGCUCCGAUAUAUAGCGGAAGGAGCUGGUUUCGGAAAAAAAAAACAAAACACAAAAAGGGUGAAGGAAGGAAGUGAAAUAAUUUCGUUAUUAGCAGCAAGAACACACACAGCCGCGGCGCGAGCGGCUUGCGUUUUCAUGUCUGUGUUCGUUUGUAAGUGGUGAAAAGCAACGGGGGAAAAAAACGGUGGAAAAAAGGAAAAAUUUAAUCAAAAAAUCGGAGCAAAUUUUUUGUUCUUUUGCUCUCUCUCUACCGUUUGUUGAUUGAUAAAUUGAUUGAUCGUUAGUGGUUAAGUGUUGGAUGGCGCCGCCAAUCCGAGUGCGUGUGUGUGUGUUGAGUUUUUUUAUGUGUGUGCAAGCGGCGCACGAUAAGAUGAAGAAAAGCUUUAAAAAAGGCCAGCCAAGAGUGGAAAAGGCGUAGCUGGGUGUAAUUAUUUGGGAGUAGUUCCCCUGCUCCAAACCCCCAUCUCGACGUUAUUACUUUGGUGCAUUUGUGGCGAAAGAAACCAACAAAAAAAAAGCAAAGAAGAGAGAGAGAUUGAGUGGGAAGUAAAGAAAAGAAAAAAGCACCCGCUUGAGCAGGCGUUACGAAUCAAUCGAGAAGCGAUCGCGCGUCAGCGUUGGAUAAUAUAUAAUGCUUGUGGUGCACAUCAAAAUGAAGAUGAUGAUGAUGCUGCUCCUGCUGCUGAAGGAGAGUGGGCCGUAACGAUCGCGCGGCUGUGGAUGAUCGACACAACCCCUUAUCGUACCUCCCAUCCCACACAACGCACCGCGGGAAAAUAUAUUGUUUGUUCGAUAAUGAAAUCCAAUUAAUUGUAAUUAAUCUCCCAAAAACACCCCGAAAAAACGCGCCCAGAUAGAAAGAGGAGAGAGAGAGAGCGACGGUGGUGAAGUGAAUGAUUACACUAUUUGGCCGCGCAGCGCGCAUCUUGAUUGAUAAUCGUGUGUGCCCGAGCAGGGGGAAGCGAGAGCGAAAGAGCGAGAUAUAAAGCGUGAAUUAAAAGUAUUACACAUACGCGAAGGUGAAAAUUGAAACAAAAUAAGUGAUUUCCGGUGUGCGUUUCAAAUUGCGGCGCAUCUUUUUUUCCGACGAACGCGCGGUACUAACGGGUGUGUUGUGUUGAAUUGUUUUCUUUUAUAUUGUGUGUGUGUGUUUUUUUUUUCUUCGGUUCUUCAACAGUGUCGGCCAGUGCAAUAGCGCGCAGUCAGUGUCCGAUCGUGUGUAUUUAUGUUCUAGAAAAGGCAAAAAAGGAAAGGCAGCAGCAAAGUGUGAUUUGAUGAAAAUCGAGAAAAUUACCAUAGUGUAUCAACAGCGGGCAGCAGCGUGUGUGUGUGUGUGCGUUUGAGUGUAAGUGUGUGUAAGUGUGUGAAAAUUACCACCGAUCCAUCCACUGAUUGCGAAUAAUUGAGCUAAAAAGUUGUAGGCCGAGGAGGUAUCGGGGUCCGAUCGAAUUGAUGUGAAUAAUAGGCGCAGUGAUUGAAAUAGAUUUGCUUGGAAGCCGGCCAGAACAACAAACAGAUUGUGGAGUGGUGGAGUGCCCACAGAUUCCGAACCGUAGCUAACGGGCGAACACGAACACACUCUACACCAGCAUCAUCAUCAUCAUCAUCAAUCACCAUGUAUCCAGCACCGACUCGGCAUCCAUCGGCAUCGGUGAGUUCUUCAAAAUACAUCCCUUCAUAUCUGGGCGGACCGCCUCCCCAGGGGCGCCAGUUCACGAUAGCGGAAACGCUGGAACGGAUUAAAGAAGAAUUCAAUUUCCUGCAGGCACAGUAUCAUUCACUAAAACUCGAAUGUGAUAAGCUGGCGAGUGAAAAAACAGAAAUGCAGAGACAUUAUGUUAUGUACUACGAGAUGUCCUAUGGAUUGAACGUAGAGAUGCACAAACAGACCGAAAUUGCAAAACGACUGAAUGCCCUCAUCGGCCAGCUGCUGCCAUUCUUGGCAACGGAGCAUCAGCAACAGAUCGCCUCAGCCGUAGAGCGAGCGAAACAGGUCACAAUGCCGGAACUGAACGCAAUCAUUGGUCAACAUCAGCAACAGGGAAUUCAGCAACUUUUACAGCAGAUUCACGCACAGCAGAUACCGGGCGGACCGCCGCAACCGAUCCCGGGGCUCGGAGCCCUCGCCGGCCCACUGACCGCGUUCGGUGGCCCGAUGGGUUUGCCGCACGGAGCGCCGCAAAGUAUGCUGAAGGCACCGCCCGAUCUGCACCGGGAGGACUUGAAAGUGCCGCUCGGUGGACCCUCCGCUGAGGAGCGUAUGCGCAACUCCGUAUCACCGGCGGAUCGGGAAAAGUAUCGACCACGAUCACCCCUCGAGCUGGACGGCGAAGCAAAGCGGCGGAAAGAGGAAAAGCUUAACCACGAAAGUGAUGGUGAGAAAAGUGAUCAGGAUUUAGUGGUGGACGUCGCGAACGAAACGGGUUCACCGUCACCCCGGCCGAACGGCGACCAUCAGUCGGAUCGUGGCGAUCGGGACAGUAUCGGGCUGAAUGGCAGCGAUAAGGCAGGCUCGAGCAGUUUGAAGGGUGCCAACGAUCGACCCCCGUCCCGCUCUGGCUCGAGCUCGUCCCGAUCAACGCCCAGCCUCAAAACGAAGGAUCUCGAUAAACCAGGAACUCCCGGCGCGAAGGCCCGCGUCCCCACGCCCAACUCGUCCACACCCGGCGGUGUCCCGAAAGCCGUAGUACCUUCGCCAGCCGCCGGCUAUCCUCCCUCGCCAUAUCAGCGACCGUCGGACCCGUACGCCAGACCGCCGCCCGACCCGUAUGGUCGGCCUCCGAUGCCUUUCGAUCCUCACGGUCACGUCCGCACCAACGGUAUCGCGCUGCCCGUGUCGAGCGGAAAACCUGCCUACUCCUACCAUAUGAACGGGGAAGGUGCCCCGCAGCCCGUCCCGUUCCCGGCCGACGCCCUUACCGGGCCCGGCAUUCCGCGACACGCCCGCCAAAUCAACACCCUCUCGCACGGGGAGGUCGUGUGCGCGGUCACCAUCUCGAACCCGACCAAGUACGUCUACACCGGCGGCAAGGGUUGCGUGAAGGUGUGGGACAUAUCGCAGCCGGGCAACAAGAGCCCCGUCAGCCAGCUGGACUGUCUGCAGCGAGACAACUAUAUCCGCUCCGUGAAGCUGCUCCCGGACGGCCGAACGCUGAUCGUCGGGGGCGAAGCGUCGAACCUGUCGAUCUGGGACCUGGCCAGCCCGACGCCCCGGAUAAAGGCGGAGCUGACGUCGGCGGCACCUGCCUGCUACGCGCUCGCCAUCAGUCCCGACUCGAAGGUGUGCUUUUCGUGCUGCAGCGACGGCAACAUUGCCGUGUGGGAUCUGCACAACCAGACGCUGGUGCGCCAGUUCCAGGGCCACACGGACGGUGCGUCCUGCAUCGACAUCAGCCCGGACGGGUCGCGCCUGUGGACCGGCGGGCUGGACAACACGGUCCGCUCGUGGGAUCUGCGGGAAGGUCGCCAGCUGCAGCAGCAUGACUUUAGCUCACAAAUCUUCUCCCUCGGCUACUGUCCAACGGGCGAAUGGUUAGCGGUCGGAAUGGAGAACUCGCACGUGGAGGUACUACACGCCACGAAGCAGGACAAGUAUCAGCUGCAUCUGCACGAGAGCUGCGUGCUGUCGUUGCGGUUCGCCGCCUGUGGCAAAUGGUUCGUCUCGACCGGAAAGGACAAUCUGCUGAACGCAUGGCGUACGCCUUACGGUGCCAGCAUUUUCCAGUCAAAGGAAACCUCGUCAGUACUAAGUUGUGAUAUUUCGACCGAUGACAAGUACAUUGUCACUGGCUCCGGUGAUAAGAAAGCAACCGUGUACGAGGUGAUCUACUAAAAGGCCCCCACCACCCGUUUGUUGAGGAAUUGUCUGUGUGUGUAUUUUGCGACAGUGUAUAGAACAUCCAGCCGGCUAAAAAGGAACUCGCCUCGUAUUGUGGUGCGUCCUAGAGAUUGAUCCAUUCUGUGCCGCUUCUGUCGCAGAUUCAUGAUAAUAAUGGUGAAACACACCGGGGCACUACGAAUCAACUACCACACACGGGCAACACAUCAAGUGACUUAAAUGUGACGGAAGAACAACGGCCGUUCGUGGUGAAUCGGGGGAGGAGGGAGCGCCCAAGCCCAAACGCGACGUAGAGGAAUGCAUAACGUCAAUUGCACAUGUGAGCGCGUAUGCAUUCAAGCUGCUACUAUGUACAAAGGAAAGGAUAGCAGACACACAGCAUCAAACACCCACCCACCCACCACAUGACACACACACACAAAAAUAAAAGGCAAAAAGGCGCCCUUCGAAAGCGGUGGCUACAUAUAAGUGUCGCAUUCGCUCUAUCUCAGUUAAUUAUUUGUUUUUUAGAUUUCUAAUCAUGUAAUAAGAUGUGAAUUGUAUGCUGCAUGUGUGCGCGCGCGUGUGUGUGUGUGUGUGUGUUCGGGCGUGGGAAUAUGUGUGUGUAUAUGAGAAGGAGGCGAAGUGAGACAGAAGUGCGAGAGAAAAAGCGGUAGCUUUUAAGCUAAGAAGAAGCAGAAUCACAAAGUAAAUAGUAAGUAACUUAAGCGUGUCUAAGUGCGGUAGGUAGCAAAGGUAAAACUGAAAACAGAAGGCAGAAGAAGUUAGUAAUCGGCAACACUGAACAACCAACAGCAAGAAGUCACAGUGAAGAACUUGACGUGCAUUAUGUAAAAAAAAACAAACAAUCUGAAGGAAGCACAUUAAAAAAAACAGGAUAAUCCCAUAUGAAAUGAGAUGUAAAAGCGCAUCGUCUAGUUGUUGAAACAAACAGUUUGAAUUUGAAAGGAUGAAAGGAAAGGCAAAAAGAGUAGAAGAAGAGCAACAAGAAAGAAAAAAACACAUAUAAAAAUGAAUAUGACAAAACAACAAAACAGAAGAAAUAAAAACGGAAACCACCACCUCUUCCCCAUCUUAAUAGAGAAAUGAACCAAAUCGUAUCCCCAACCAGUGUCAAACAAAACUCGAGUGAAAGAAUGCGUUGUGUGUGUAUGUGUGCAUGAAAGCAGACAGAAGAAGAAGAAAGAAGGGAGUAAAAGAUCAACAAAACAAAAGAAAAUGUAAAAAUUAAUCCUCCUUCCAGGGGCGGAGGGAGGGCCAGCCGGGUAGAAAGACCGGCCGGCAAAUUGUGUAUAGCGGGAGGAAGGGGGCGCGAGGAAAAGUGUGAUCGUUUGCAUAUAGUAGGCGAAACAACAAAUCCAGUUGCUUAGUAGCGAGGAAGCAUACAUUUGCACAUAAUAAUUAACAUUCUAAUCCCUCUCAUAGCUCUGUGUACAGUAUUUUGAGCCCUUUCGAGCGCAUUCUUAGCGGUUUCAGCCGGACCGGGACGGAACGGUGAGCGGCAAUGGCGCGUGUGUGUGUGUGUGUGGUACGAGUUCGUACAUUCGCUCACCACACUCCGUGUAUUGUGCACACAUGGACAUCCCAACAUCCCACUCCCCAAAAUCACCACCUCCCUCCCACCCAACGCCGCUGGCCUGUUGCAGAGCAAACCGUGUGAAAAACGUUGCAACGGUUUAGGUAAAUUGGUUUAGAAAGACGCAGCAUACUAGGCAACAAAGCAGAAGGAAACAUUCGCGAUGCUGCCGAAGAAGAAGAAGAAAAAAAGAAACAGAUUGUAUGAUCGCUUAAUUGUUUAUGUUAGUUGUGUUUAACUACGGAACAACAGAAAGAGACACUGACAGGAAAGAGAGAAAGGAAAGGACACAAAAUUCGUUUAAAUUUUCAAACACUGCUGCAUUGAAUGGUUGAAUUGAUAUAUACUUAUUUUUGAUUCAAAAAGCAUUUUGAUCGACAUGUACCGAUAAUGGGACGGGAGCGAGAGAAAGAGUCAAAAAUGGCUAAUCUAAACAGUUUAAAACACAAAGAUGAUUCUAUUGAGAGCAUCAAAGAAAGUUUGGAAACUUAAUUUAUUGCCUGUCUGUGUCGUUUCGCAUAAACGGCCAGCAUGGCCAACACCGUUUCCGUUUCCUUUGGUGUCCCUCUUGUGGACACUAUCAACACGGAAAUAUAGUUCUAAAUGUUUGCUCUAACAGGCCGAAAUCUCAUUUGCAAUUGACUCAAAGUAAAUACAAACAAGCUUAAGUACACACUAUCUAAAACCAUCUCACCUGUCUGAAACGAGCGAAAGGUGGGGAUAAGAGGCAUGACAUUCGAUGAAAACAGCAUUUAUUGUUUGAUUGAUGAACCCUAAAUGUGUUGCUUCAAGUGUGUUCUGCCAUUCACUCUCCAUCCAAGGCACGAGCCAAUUUACUGGACGAGUGAGGAGGUGGCGUGACGAGCGUGUUAAAUUAGAGCAGCGAAAGAUGUAGAAAUGAAGCGCACUGUGAAGGCAGAACGAACGUUGAAGGCAGCAGUAGGAGCGCGGGUAGAGGGGGUGAGAAAAUGGAGAAACAUAAUGAAUAUUUUUAGAAAUGGAAAACCGAAAAACUAUUAA